AUGUACCCGAAGGAUCUCUCAUUUGGAUUUGGAGUCGCCCACUUCCAGCUGAAAAGCGAUCAUUUCCACAGACGUUAUGGUGUUGUUGUUCGGACUGCCCCUGAUGAAGUUUCGAUCGCGCAUGAGGAUGCGUGGCAGACUAUCGUGGGUGGUCAGAACCCAUUUCCUAGAAAUGCGACGUUUUUCAAAACACCUCCGGGUCAACCGGAUAACUUGGUUAUGACUGCGGAUCCGGUUGCGAAUGCCCGGAUGCGCCAGGUUGUCAUGCCGGCGUUUACGGAACGGGCGGUUAUGAAGCAGGAACCGGUCCUUAAGUCCUAUGUGGAUUUGCUUAUUGAAAAGUUAAUCGAUUGGUUUCACUGGUUCGCAUUCGACCUCUCUGGGCAGCUUUGUUUUGGCGAGUCUUUUGAAUGCCUCGAAAAUGCGAGGAGUCAUCCGUGGAUACGCAUGAUUUUUAGCUUCAUCAAGAUGACGGUCCUCGCCGCUAUCACCAGAUAUUACGCUGGUCUCGAAACUCUUCUUAUGCACUUCAUUCCUUCGAGCCUGCGCAAAAAACAGACAGAUCACUACGCGAUGGGGUUGGAGAGAAUCCACCGGCGUAUGGCAUCUUCUCAUCGGGAUGAUUUCAUGGCCCCUAUGCUCGAAAAUAAUCCGGAUUUUGAAAGAAUGUCCGUAUCUGAGAUAGAAUCUACCAUGCCGAUCAUAGUUCUUGCAGCUAGCGAAACGACCGCGACAACGCUUUGUGGGAUAGUCUCUGCCCUUACUCGGAGUACAAAACAAUUACACAGGCUGGAGCAUGAGAUCCGAGGUACCUUCGACAAAGAAGAGCAGAUUACCCUUCGCGCCGUCCAAAACCUUCCCUUCCUCAAUGCCGUGAUAUCAGAGGGCUUGAGGAUGUACCAUCCUGUAGCUGGCGGGCUCUUACGGAGCGCUCCGAAAGGUGGCGCGACCGUUUGUGGUUGUUUCCUUCCUGAAGAUACACAUGUAGUUGUUAACUCAACCGCUAUGUCCCUCUCAGAGGACAAUUUCCAUCGCGCAAGCGAAUUCCUGCCUGAGAGAUUUCUCCCUGCGGAUAUGCAACCUGCCGAGUUCGAGAACGAUUGCCGCGGCAGCCAGAAACCAUUCGGAUUUGGGGCGAGGAAUUGCUUAGGUAAAUCAUUUGCUUUGGCAGAGAUGCGGCUUGUGCUUGCUCGCCUCGUCUGGAAGUUCGAUAUGUCUAUAGCACCAGGAGGACAUGUCGAAUGGGGUCGAUUGAAAACAUAUGUUGUGGUGCAAAAGGAGCCUAUUAACGUUAUCAUCCGGGAAAGGUAA